CGGAACCUUUCUUGGACCCUUGUAUGUGCACGGACGUGUUUGUGUGGUGCUCCACAUUUCAUAAGAUCGCUGCGGUGAAGUUUGGUGUACCCUUUCAUCAGGUGUGACCACCGCCAUCCAUGCUGCUGCCUCCGUCGCUGCACUGCCGCAGAGCCUGCCCCCUGCUGGCGGGAUGCGUGCGGACGCUGUACUCCGGCCGUCCCAGAGCACUGCGCCCCCUGACAGAAUUGUUGCUGCGAAGGCGGCCUCCGUCUCGCCUUGACGCUCGCUUUAGGAGCAGGAAGAGCCAGGAGGAGGAGUGGAGGAACAGGAACAGGACGGUGCUGACGUACAUCGCUGCAGCCGGCGUUGGGAUGAUCGGCCUGUCCUACGCCUCAGUGCCGCUCUACCGUCUCUACUGUCAGGCAACCGGACUCGGCGGCACGGCGGUGGCCGGCCACAAUGCAGACCAGGUGGAGACGAUGAAGCCGGUGAGGGAGAGGGUCAUAAAGGUCACCUUCAACGCCGACACCCACGCCAGCAUCCAGUGGAACUUCAGGCCUCAGCAGACAGAGAUCUAUGUAGUUCCAGGUGAGACGGCGCUCGCCUUCUACAGAGCCAAAAACCCCACCGACAAACCCAUCAUCGGCAUCUCCACCUACAACGUGGUGCCCUUUGACGCCGGGCAGUACUUCAACAAGAUCCAGUGCUUCUGCUUCGAGGAGCAGCGGCUGAACCCUCGCGAGGAGGUCGACAUGCCCGUCUUCUUCUACAUCGACCCGGAAUUCGACGACGAUCCUAGAAUGGCACGGGUGGACACCAUCACCCUCUCCUACACCUUCUUUGAGGCCAAGGAAGGGCAACAGUUGCCGCUGCCUGGAUACAGUCAUAACUGAUCGUUGUUCAGUGACGUCCAGCAGAAGGUCAGACUGCUCACAUCCACCGGACGGCACCCUGAUGGCUGAGGGGCGGCUGUCCAGCACCUGUGGGGCUGUGCUGCAGCGGUUGGCUCACAUCUGGAAGAUGGAGGGAAACCACCACUGACUUCCUGCUCAGCCAGACGCUUCCUGGAUGAGCCUCAAACAUCGGUUUGUGGGAUGGACUUAAAAACAAGAGUUAAGCAGAAAACUGAAUCAAAGUUAAUAAAUUGUGUGUAAACAUGUAAACACAGCAGACCUUCAGGUAAACAACUGAAGAUGAACGAGAA